GCGAGAUUCACACGAGCUCUUUCUCUCUACAUACGUGCGCUUACCAGUAUAUACUGUAUUCCUCAAAUCCACUCCGUUCGUCUAUCGUUAUGGAGACAUUUCGGAGACUUCGUAUGUGUGGGCGCAAUCCUACCGGACAGUAUCGGUGCAAGAACGCUAAAAGCUGAUGCGCCACAGCGCCUGAAGAGCAUAGUAUUAGUGGGGUCUUGCUCCGUCUAACGUGUUUACAAGAGUCUUUCAUUCCUAUACGCACCCUGCAGCGACGUCCAGAGCGAAGUGGAAGGCUACAUAAGAACGGCCUCCUUUCCUGAGUCUAGUAUUCCAACACAAUCUGCUUUGCAUCACCUUGCACACACCUCGAGCCAGAAACUCGAUCACAGCCUCUUAAUCACGCACCCUAUUGUCCUUUAGCACCAUGGCGCCCCGCCCCAACAUCGUCGACGGCCUCAUCAUCGGCGCCGGCCCCGCCGGACUCACCGCCGCCCUAGCAUUCGCCCGCACCCGCGCAACGGCCAUCGUAUUCGACUCGUCGUCCUACCGCAACGAAGGCAUCACGCACAUGCACGCCGUGCCCUCAAGAGACCACAUCGACCCGUACGAGUUCCGCCGCAUCUCGCGCGAGCAAAUCGAGACCCGCUACGAGACCAUAUGGUUCCAGAACGCGACCAUCACGCAAGCGGCCAAGAAGCCCAUCGGGGACGGCGAGAAGUACGACGGCUUCGAAGUGACGGACAGCGCGGGCCAGACCUACCGUGGGAAGAAGUUGAUCCUGGCAACCGGCUCGCGCGACGUGUUUCCCGACAUCCCCGGCUACGCGGAGAACUGGCCGCGACAUAUCUACCAGUGCCUUGCCUGCGACGGCUUCGAGCAGCGCGGGACGCCGAUCGGCAUCCUUGAAUUCAGCAGCCCCAUGCAUGCGCACUACGUCGCCAUGGCGCUGAACUUCGACCCGCGCGUCACCGUCUUCAGCAACGGGCCGAUCUCCAGCGCCGCGCCUGUCCAACAGGCGCUGAAAGUCGCAAAGGCGCUGGGCGCGAAAGUAGACGAGCGGAAGAUCGUGCGGCUUGUUAACAACGGGCCCUCGCAUGUCGAGGGCGUGAGCAUCGAAUUUGAAACAGGCGAGCCGGUGACGCUGGGCUUCAUCGCGCAUAGGCCGCCGACGGUCAAUCGAGCGCAGGACCUGGUAGAGCAGCUGGGGCUGGAGACGGUGGAUCCCGCGAUGGGUGGGCACGUCAAGAUCGUAGACCCGAUGUUCAAUAAGACGAGCGUGAAGGGCGUGUUUGCGGCUGGCGAUACGAUGAGUAUGAUGAAGCAGGUUACCGUCUCCAUGGCGGACGGGCUGAAGGCCGCUGCGGGGGUGGGGAACCAUCUCGGGGCGGAGAAGUCUGCCGCUGCGCUGAAGGCGUGGGAGGAGAAAGAAGCGAAGGCUUGAUGGCUAGUAUUUGUUGACGAGGAAACUUCGUGAGUAGUAAGCACUUCUCCCUAGCACCUUAGGGCCCAUUUGCCAGCACAAUUCGCAACAUCGCGACUUCCCGAGCUCCAGUCAAGAACUCCAUCAUGACUUCCUCAUAUCAAACUCCCUUCCUCCCGCC